GUAUUUUCUCAGUUAAAAAUCAAAAGGAAGACUCAAAAAAAAAAAAAGCUGUUGAAGAAAUCUUAUUUAUUUGACAGCUACUGAAAAAGGUGUGCCAGCUGGUUUUGGAAUACUCUAUGAGGAGAGUGAAAAACAGGAUGAUGUUUUAAACCAAAAUGAUACCCAAUUGGCCUGUACCUUCCUUUUAGUUUUCAGACAAUAUAUAUACAAUGUGUGACAGUACAUAAUAGUUAAUAUUUUUAAUUUAUUUUUGAAUAAUCUCUCAAGGUGAUGAAAAGGUGAAUUAGUCUUAGAUCCAUGAAUGAUGAUAUAUAGGAACUAAUGUAAAUGUUGGCAUUUUCUUCUGGGAUCAUUUUUAAUCAUUGUUUUAUGUAUAAUCUUGUUUUAGUGAAGUAAAAUCUGAAAUUUGUGAAUUAUUCUCUGUAACCAUUUAUAUAGUAGGUGAUGAACUCUUGCCACUAAACAUUAAAAUGCUACCAUUUCCUAAAAAUAUGGAAUUGUUUAUAAUGUGUCCCAAUACCAAUGUUUAGCUAAUUAAUUGAUCUAGAAAGUAAAAUUAUGGUAUUGAUUAUUAUAUAAAAUAAUUAAUAGUUUGCUCACUCUUUUUUUUAAGAAUGUCAUCAAUAACAUUUUAUGUAAUCUUGGGGGAAAACCCUACAAAAUUCCAGAACCCCACUGGCACAAAUAUUUUUUUCAUUUGCUGUCCUUAAAAUAGAGAAACUGAGAGUCUUCUACACAGGUCUCAGCUAUGACUGAGGCUUGUUUUUAUACAGGCUGAACUCCAUGGCUGGGAGGUUAUUAUUAGGUCCAUGUAUGUUUCUGCUUUGAAGAUUAUUCUUUGGCACUGAUAUAACACUUGGUUAUCAGUCUCUUUCUGCAGUAAGUUCUGACUGAACCAAGAGGUAAAGUUAGCAUGUAAAUUGUUCUGUAAGGAAAAUUCAUAUAUCACAAGGAUUUUUAAUUCCUGUCACUACUGCCUUCUCUUCAGUCACAUGUUGAGCAUUGCAGACAUGUAUGGGUUGGAUGGACUAAAAGGAGUAGCUAUCUACAUUUUGAAAAGAGAUUACUGCAAUUUUUUCCAAAAGCCUGUUCCUGGCAAACAGCAACCUGUACUAGAAUGCAUGGCUAUUGCUCAUUCAUUGGGAGUGGAAAACCUAUAUGCUGCUUGCAUGAAAACCACAAGAAUGCUGCUCUCCGUCUGAUGGAGAGUGACCGGCUGAUCAAUAGCCUGCCCCGAGUGAAAUGGACAGAGAGAGCUGUGGCCUUGGCAGCACGGCUACACGAGGAAUGUGUAACCUUUAUUGUUGCAAACUUCCUGCACAUAGUACAAAGUGAAGGCUUCUCUGUUUUGUUGCAGGCACAGGCAAUGAGCAGCAAACCUGACCUCCUCGAACUAAUUUUCAAUGCAAUUGAAAAAAGCAUUAAUAAUGAAAAUAGCUGCUUUCUUCUUGUAGCAGUGGAUAUUUUGCUGGAGUCCGCAAAUGUGGAGGAGAUGGGUUUUACGUGCAAGAUCCAGGCGCUGCGUGAUAAGCUCUGGGUCUUCCUGGUUCAGUCUUUUUAUGCUGUUCGUCACACAGAAGGCUGGAAGCUGAUGAGGCCAGACCAUCAACAGAAAAUACAAGCAGCUGCAUUUGACAAGGGUGAUGACCGAAGACUUGGCAAAAAACCUGUAUUCACCAGUUCUCAGCUAAAUAAAAGUACAUCUGUUGGCAUAAGGAAUACUUCCCGGGCACAACACGGCAAGAAAGGUUGGGGAGAUUCUUCCACUAAUCAGGAUAAAAUGAAAUCUGAUGGAUUAGGAGCAUCUGGACAUGCAUCCACCAAUAGAAACACUGUUAAUAAGACUUCAAAGCAUGAGGAUGUAAAGGGGAAAGACGGCAAAAAAUUAGUUUCCAAGAUUACUAAGGAUUCCAAACCUGGGGAAAAAGCUGCUUUGCCAAAGGCUAGAGCUGUUAUAAAGACAAAAAUAGAAAAUAAUGGAAAUGUGAAGGCUGAAAGCAUGCUUACCAAGCAAGAUAUAGAAAAGACAUCAUCUGCAAGUGGACAAAAAAAUUCAGGAAGCAGCAAAGGACUAAGGAACCAUGAAGGAAAAGUUGCAGGUGCCAGACCUAAAGUGCUGACAGUAACCUCAAGCAUGCAGAACAAAACAAAGCCAUUGAAAAAAACCACAGGGAAGGAAUCUCCCUCCUUGGUGACUGUGGCAGCAGCUUCCAGCAAGUCAGCAAAUUCAAACACGGAUAUCCAGAAUGCAGGUGAACAGACAGAGGAACCCAAAGAGGAUAAAUCAACAGAGGAAGGGAAAAAACAGACUGUAGUGAAAACAAAGGUAUCUGUGAAGGUAUCAAAUGGAGUCACCACCAAAAAAAAAAAGACGGAGCUUGAGGCUAAUGCCACAACAAGCAGUCUGACAAAAAAACCAACAGGAAAAGGGUGUAAUGAUCAAAAUGUACAAGCUGUACCGAAGAAAAAAGGGAAUGUGAGUAUGAGUUCUGCAGCACAGCAGAAGACUCAAAACACACCUACCAAUUCUCCCAAGAACCAAGGACCUCAGGGGGAGUCACCAAAUUCACUGAAAUCAGGAAUGUCUCCAAAACAUAACGAAGAAAAAAAUGUGUUACAAAACCUGGUUCAGACAACACUCCCAGAAAAGCAUCCUUCAGCUAAGAAGAAGAGUACUAAACAAUCACAAACACCUGUAACAAAAGCCACUUCAAAAAUAACACCUAAGACUCUGGCUCCAUCAAAGAAUGCUGAGAAUACGAAUAGUAAAGACCCGAAACAGAAAUCAGCUGUAUUAAAAUCUCAGUCCUCUGCCCAAAAGCACUCAAGGAGUGAUUCUCCUGUUGUCCAGAAGAAUAUGCACACUUCUGAGCACAGAGGUUCAGGACAGAAACUUGAGAAAAACACGGCUGAUGCUGUGGCAGGUCAACUUCAUGACAAUGAUGAAUGUUAUUCUGCAAAUGAAUCUUUAAAAUCUGCCACAGAAAGUAGCAGUGACAAUAAAUUGCUGGAGUCCUGUCAAUCCAAUAAACAAAAAUUACUAGAUUCUUCUGAAACUGUGCAAUACAAAAUACAAUCCGAAUCUUCUCCUCAAAUUGCAGAAGAAACUGUUUAUAAACUGAAUGUUUCAAUACAAAAUGACAUGGAAACUAGACAAAUCUGUGGCAAUCAGACUGGAAUUAGAAAGACUGAAGAUCCAGAGAAAGAUGACAAUACAGCUGAAUUUCACUGUCAUGCACAGUCUUCCACUGAUGGAUAUUCAGACUUUUCCAGGGAAACCAAUCAAAAGGCUAUUGUUUUAGGAGAACUGGUGAAAGAUUCAAAAGCAGCAAAAGUCUGUAAUGAACAGAGUGAUAAAAUAAACUCUGAAACAGGUCAUAACUAUGGUGAAAGUGCUUUGUCAAGCUUUUCCCAAGUAACCAAUAAAGAGGAUGAGAUAUCAUCUUCUCAGAUCCAUGUGGAAGGAUUUCUUACAGUUGAUGAACUGUGUGAUACAUCAGCCUUGACUGAAUAUAAAUCAGUUACAGCAGAUUUAGACGAUGCUUCAGAAUGUUCCACAGAACAAAUAACAGAAAAAUAUUCACCUAAUUACACAGAGCUUAUAGAGCCUAUGGAAAUGCCAGAAAACCAUGAAAAUGCAGAAAUUCCCUUUGUGGACCAUUGGAGUACUGGUGCUGUAGAUCCAAAAGAGAGCCCUGAAUCAGACACUGGCAGUGCAACCACAUCCUCUGAUGAUAUAAAACCUAGAUCAGAAGAUUAUGAUGCUGGAGGCUCUCAGGACGAUGAGGGAUCCAAUGAAAGAGGGAUUUCUAAGUGCAGCACUAUGCUAUGUCAUGAUUUUCUUGGAAGAAGCAGCAGUGACACAAGUACACCUGAGGAAUUAAAAAUUUAUGAUAGCAGCCUAAGAAUAGAAGUGAAAAUGAAAAAAGAGGGUUCUGAUCUCUUUCGUGUUAAUUCAACAAGUGAUGAUGAAAUACCAAGAAAAAUUUGGUCCCAUCAAGACAGUUCACGGACCAUAACCAGAGAAAGCAAAAGUUCUACUUUUGGAAAUGCUCAGUUUACUCAGGAAGCAGACCAAGUUUCUUCUUCUGCCGAUGAAACGGAAGAUGACAGAUCUGAAGCAGAGAACGUUGCGGAAAGCUUUCCUCCAUCAAAUGUUCCUACUCAACAGUUCCAAGGAAUUGAUAAUUUAGCUUUUGAGGAUGCAACAGAAAAUGAUACUGCAAGUCAGGAGUUUUCUAAAACUAAAAAUUUCAAACGAUCUGUUUUACUUUCAGUAGAUGAAUGUGAAGAAUUGGGAGCCGACGAUAAAGCGGAAACUCACACUUCACGUCAGCACUCAAUAGAGUCUCUUACCCCUUCAGAAGUAUUUGACAGUGUUUCUCAAGAGCACCAUUUUAUUCAUUCAAGAUACUCAUUGGAAACUGAAGAGGGAUUCCUGGAUGGCAAACAGCAAAAGGACAGAGACAAUAGAUCAGAUAAAAGUGGAAGUUCUGUCCUGCAUCUUCAGGGUGCUGAAAUCCCAGGGAAGGAGAAUCAAGGUGCUUCAAUGACUGAACAAAACUGCUCAGAGAAAGUACAUUCAGCAGGUAGUCCACAUCCAGGAGAAAACCAGCAAGUAAAUAUCAAGAAUGACAUGGCUACUGAAUUUCACCAGUGCAAUAAGUACUUAGACAAUGAUGCAAAGUCUCAAGAAAGACCAUGUCAUCUAGAUCUUCAGCAGAGAGAAACUAAUUCUGAUGUGCAAAAGAGCAGCUCUGCAAAACCUGUAGAAGCCAGUAAGAAUCAGGUGCUGACUCAGGAAAGUCAAGUGAGAGACAGUCAACCAGCAACUACUGAAUGCGAUAAUACUGAUUUACUUCCAGGAGACAUAGAUGAUUAUGACACAAUGGCACAAACCUGCAUGUAUGAACAUCGGCCUUCAAAAACCCUUUCUCCAAUAUAUGAGAUGGAUGUUGGAGAAGCAAUUGAGCAGAGGAUGGAUUCAGAAACAGCAGAUCUAGAGAUGGAUCUUGAAGAUCAACCGUUUGCAGAACAGGACUGGACUCUACUCAGGCAAUUGCUAUCUGAGCAUAACUCACAUAUAGAUUUCAAAAACUCUGUUCCUGAAGACCUUAACUUAGCACAAUGUCUUAUCAAUCAGACACUGUUUCUGGCACGAGAUGGUUCCAAUCCUCAGGGUACCUCCCAGGCUGACACAUUCAGCAGGUGGACUGAGCUCAUGUCUCCACUUGACGACUCCUCAACAAGCAUUACAGUGGCGAGCUUUUCAUCUGAAGACUGCUCGUCCCCUCAAGGGGAAUGGACAAUUCUUGAACUGGAAACCCAUCAUUAAGGUUUCAGCUCUUUGCAACUGAACUCCAACCCAUUUCCCAAAUCUAUUUUUGAUGAGUUGUUUCCAUACCUUAAUGAAAUACUGCAUCAGUCAAGAACGAGCAAUUCUUGAUACUGAGGCAAUCUUUCUGAUAAAUUGAGGUAAAUAUGUUAACUUAUCAUCUAGAUUUAAUCACAAGUACAAUAAUUUUUCAAGACUUAAAUGUAUGUCUUUUCUAAAAAUGAACUUGAGCAUGUAUUUUCUAGAAUUGUUAGAAAAACUAGAUAACAUGAAGGAAAAGUCUGGGUUUCUUCCCUCCCUUUUAUCUUCUUUUUUGACAUUUAAUGUUCUCAUUGAUCAAAAAUUUAAAGACGAAUGCACUAUAGUAGACCUAUUCCUCUCCUUCUCCCCUCCAAUAUGGUGACUUCAUUUUACAACAAUAAAGAUUCAGAAUGGUUGUGUCAAAAGGUGAUGUGUGCCAACACUACUUUAAAUGACAGAAAAACAUACUUAUAUUCAAAGAAAAUGUUUCAAUCUGAAUCUGCCUUGGACCUUGUUAAUAUGAGUAGCUUGUUUCAUCUGUUUCUUCCAGAUUUAAUUUUUUGUAUUUUGGUUUGUUUUGUUUAGAAGUUUCCAAUAAAUUUUUUUAAUUGCCUUUUCUUCAAA